GCUCUCUCGCUAUUUCACCGCGAGGGUUCUAAGAAAGAAGGGGCGAAGGAGCGUGGAGAGAUGUGGAGGAAGGGGAAGAAGAGGAACGACGAGGAGUCCGCUGGCGGGAGCUUCGACGGAGCGCCACCGUCGAAGAAGCUCGCCAUGGCGGAAUCCGAUGAGGAUGGCAUCGUUGUCUGUGAGAUAUCGAAGAACAGGAGGGUUUCGGUGCGGAGCUGGCAGGGGAAGGUCGUGGUGGACAUCAGAGAGUUCUACGUCAAGGACGGGAAGCAACUCCCUGGAAAGAAAGGCAUAUCGCUUCCCUUGGAUCAGUGGCAAGUACUGCGGGACCAUAUUGAGGAAAUUGAUGAGGCAGUAAAGGAAAAUACGUAGUCUGAAUCAGCUUUGAAGAAGAUGCUGGACUGCUGGGGAUGCAACUUGUUCUCUUAUAACGUUUUGAUCAACCUCACUUUGUAAUUUAGGUGCCAAGUAUGACAUCUCUAGUUUAAGUAUCCCCGUUUAUUUUGUCUAACCAAAUACUGGUACCUUUCGUGCGUGUAAGACUUGUAAUAGAUUAACUUGUAGUUACUUAGAGAGCUAGAAGUAUGUGAAGCAGGUAACAGACUAUGUUUUGUGUUCUCUUGGUGGCACAUUGAUCCUAGCGAUGGAGGCCGUCUGCCUGUCGAAUUU